GAGUAAAGCCGAGUGGACGAGGAUCAGCUGACUGUGUCUGUGUGACCGUCCUUCGAUGGGGACAGUUUUGGUUUCGUGAAUCAGAAAUUCAGAAUAAAAUCAGCUUCUGGUCCAUCAGUCGAUCAGUGUGUACGCGGACAUGCCGUCACUUCUGUUCUGCGGGCCGAAGAUGGCCGCCUGCGGGAUCGUGAUCAGCAUCUGGGGCGUUAUAAUGCUGGCAAUGUUGGGAAUCUUCUUCAGCGCAAAGUCAGCCGUGCUGAUCGAGGACGUCCCAUUCACUGAAGAAGACAUUCGCAACGAUAAAAAUCCUCCUCAGAACAUCUACAGUCUUUACAACCAGGUCGGCAUCAACUGCUUCAUCGCUGCCGCCAUCUAUGUGGCAGUGGGCGCCGUGUCGCUCUGCCAGGUCCGACUCAACAAACGUCAAGAGUACAUGGUGACAUAAACAGCCGCAGCCAUGAUCUGACCUCUGACAACACGACGACUUGACAUCAGCAGCUGGAGGUCGUUUCCUGUCCAUAAAGUUUACGUUACAGUGUCAGACAUCCUUCAUAGCGGACCAAUCAGCAGCUGAAAUCUCACUUUGGGGCGAUCUGGUUGGUUAAAAUGUUAUUGGUGUAAAGAGAGGAGGUCAGACGUCACAUGAAUUAUUUAUUUUUAAACCUUUGAUGUGUUUGUUGUUGUUGUUGUUGUUGUUGUUGUUGGAUGAAAUGUUGCAUCAUUCCUUUGAACGUGUUUUUCUUGAAUACGACCAAAUGUUGAUUCACUUUGGCUUCAAAACUCCUCCUGGUCAUGUUUAUUUUACAGCUAAAUUUAAACAUUUGAAUUAGAAAUGAAUUCAUCUUUAGCGAAAGAAACAAUUUAUAACAGCUGGUUGAAUUAUUUUAUAUAUUUUCCAUCACUGGUUCUGAUCUUUGGCUGACAGUAAAAUUAACUGUCAGAAUAAACAGAAAUGUUAAAGUAAAAGUGUGUUCAGGCUGAUUGUCAUUAAUGCUCAAUCUGAAAGGUGUUAAACGUUACAAAAAUUAUGGCAGAUAAUCCUUUGCAAUAAAGUGUGUGUGUGAACAAA